CCUCUGCUUCGUAAUUCCUGCCUCUGCUCCCUGAUUCCCCUUCCUGCUCCCUGGUUCUUAAUUCCUGCUUCUUCUCCCUGGUUCCUAAUUCCUGCUCCUGCAUCCUGGUUGUUUCUCCUGCUCCCUGGUUGUUCCUCCUACUCCCUGUUCCUAAUAAUUCCUGCUCCUGCAUCCUGGUUGUUUCUCCCGCUCCUGAUUCCUGCUCCCUGGUUGUUCCUCCUACUCCCUGUUCCUAAUUCCUGCUCCUGAUUCCUACUUUUCCUCCCUGGUUUCUGGUCCCUGAUUCCUGCUUCUGCACCCUGGUUGUUCCUCCUGCUCCCUAAUUCCUGCUCCUGAUUCCUGCUUCUGCUCCCUGGUUGUUCCUCCUGGUCCCUGGUUCCUAAUUCCUGCUCCUGAUUCCUGGUCCCUAAUUCCUGCUCCUGAUUCCUGCUCCCUGGUUGUUCCUCCUACUCCCUGGUCCUAAUUCCUGCUCCCGAUUCCUACUUUUCCUCCCUGGUUCCUUCUCCUGCUCCCUGGUUUCUGGUCCUUGAAUCCUGCUUCUGCACCCUGGUUGUUCCUCCUGCUCCCUGGUUCCUAAUUCCUGCUCCUGAUUCCUGCUUCCGCUCCCUGGUUCCUAUUUCCUGCUCCUGAUUCUGCUCCCUGGUUCCUAAUUCCUGCUCCUGAUUCCUGCUUCUGCUCCCUGGUUGUUCAUCCUACUCCCGGCUUCCUAAUUCCUGCUCCUGAUUCCUGCUUCUGCUCCCUGGUUGUGCCUCCUACUCCGUGCUUCCUAAUUUCUGCUCCCUGGUUUCUGCUCCUACUCCCUGGUUCCUAAUUCCUUCUCCUGCUCCUUGGUUCCCAAUUCCUGCUCCCUAAUUUCUGCUCCUUGCUCCCUGGUUCCUGGUCCUGAUUCCUGCUUCUGCUCCCUGGUUGUUCCUCGUACUCCCUGCUUCCUAAUUCCUGCUCCAGCUCCCUGGUUUCUGCUCCUGCUCCCUAAUUCCUGCUCCUGUUCCCUGCUUCCUAAUUCCUGCCCCUGCUCUCUAGUUCCUAAUUCCUUCUCCUGCUCCCUGGUUCCCAAUUCCUGCUCCUGCUCCCUAGUUCCUAUUCCUUGCUCCCUGGUUCCUGGUCCUGCUCCUGGUUCCUGGUCCUGCUCCUGUUGCUGCUCCUGCACCUCCUUCCAUCGUGGAUUGGCACGCCGGAUGAAGGCUGCGGGGAUGGACCGGGCAGCAGUGGCACGGGUGGGCGCCGUAGCCAGCGCCAGCGUGUGUGCCCUGGUAGCCGGGGUGGUGCUGGCCCAGUACAUCUUCACCAUGAAGAAGAAGACCGGCAGGAAGACCAAGAUCAUCGAGAUGAUGCCAGAAUUCCAGAAGAGUUCGGUUCACAUCAAGAACCCUACACGAGUGGAAGAAAUUAUCUGCGGUCUUAUCAAAGGAGGCGCCGCUAAACUUCAGAUAAUAACAGACUUUGAUAUGACAUUAAGUAGAUUUUCCCACAAUGGAAGAAGAUGUCCAACGUGCCAUAAUGUCAUCGACAACUGUAAACUGGUUACAGAUGAUUGUCGGAAAAAGUUAUUACAGCUAAAAGAAAAGUACUAUGCUAUUGAAAUUGAUCCUGACCUUACCAUAGAAGAGAAGUUCCCUUACAUGGUUGAGUGGUAUACUAAAUCACACAGUUUACUUGUUGAACAAGCUUUACAAAAAACUAAACUUGCAGAAGUCGUCGAGGAGUCCGACGUAAUGCUCAAGGAAGGAUAUGAGAAUUUCUUCGAUAAACUCCAUGAAAACGGUAUCCCAGUUUUCAUAUUUUCUGCUGGAAUCGGAGACGUACUAGAGGAAGUUAUCCGACAGGCUGGUGUUUAUCAUUCGAAUAUCAAAGUGGUGUCCAAUUUCAUGGAUUUUGAUGAAAAUGGCAUCCUUAAAGGAUUUAAGGGAGAGUUAAUUCAUGUGUUCAACAAGCACGAUGGAGCUUUGAAAAGGACCGAAUAUUUCAAAAACCUAAAAGACAACAGCAACAUAAUCCUGCUCGGGGAUUCCCAGGGAGACCUAACUAUGGCAGACGGAGUGGCGAAUGUGGAAAACAUUCUGAAAAUUGGAUACCUAAAUGACAGAGUGGAUGAACUAUUAGAGAAGUACAAGGACUUAUAUGAUAUUGUUCUGGUAAAAGAGGAAUCUUUGGAAGUGCCCAACUCCAUCCUGCAAAAGAUUUUGUAACCUGAUUGUCCACCCUUCGGGAAUCUCCUUCUCCCAGGAGAGACAGGCGCUGGGCAGCUUGGGACUAUUUCGGACUUUGGACUAUUUUACAGAAAGAUGUCUGUUACUUACAGGGUCUUACAGCUGGUGGAAUUUUUUGAUUUUAAAAAAACUCUUCAGUGUCUUUAAAUAAUGCAUUGAAUCCAUCAACUCCCGGAAGCUGGUUGCCCACACACACACUCCACCAUAGAUUUUAACCUAUGCGGAAAUUAAAUCCAAAGUAAAGAAUGACAAACCGUACCUUUCUGAGUGGUUUGUAUAGCUCAUCGUCACUUGACUACACAUUUUAAGGCUUGUUUUACAACAUGUAAUUACAUCUGAAACUUCUUUUAAGUCUUGUCCGUGGUUUUAGUCAGCUUUGUGCUAUUUUGAACUGCCUCUUUUUCAGCGUGAGAACCAGACCGAAGAUUAAAGGCUAUAUUUUGGGAAACUCA